AUGGAUCCAACUAUCUCAGCUAGGGGCGUUGAAUCUACAACACUGAGUGGCAGUGAUUGGAGCUGUGACUCAAGAUGGGACUUGAAGAUCUUGAUCAUAAACUUACUGAUAAUCAUCAUUACCCUGGUUGGGCUAGCAGGAAAUGCUAUUGUUCUUUGGUUCCUGGGCUUCCAGAUGCAGAGAAAUGCUUUCUCCAUCUACAUCCUCAACUUAGCUGGCGCUGAUUUUAUCUAUCUCUUUUCCCAGUUUAUUUUCUCCCUGAACAGGGUCAUUUCGAUCACCAAUUGCAGUCAUUUCGACAUCCCUGAAAUUUUCUACAUAAUGUUCAUCUCUACCUACAUCACAGGCCUGAGUCUUCUCAGUGCCAUUAGCACUGAGCGGUGCCUCUCAGUGCUGUUUCCCAUCUGGUUUCGUUGCCACCGACAAAAUCAUAUUUCAUCUCUCAUCUGUGCCCUGCUCUGGGCCUUGUCCUUGUUGCUGAGCAUCCUGAAUAAGAAAUACUGUUGGUCUUCUUUAUUGUGCUGGAAAUUUGAUUUUGUCAUUGCUGCAUGGCUGAUUUUCUCACUUUUGUUUCUAUCUAUUUCAAAUCUGAUAUUGUUGGUCAGGUUGUUAUAUGUCUUCAAAAGGACGCAGCUGACCAGACUGUAUGUGACCAUCGGACUCACAGUGCUAAUCUUCCUCGUCUGUGGUCUGCCCUGGGGCAUCAACUGGUUCCUGCUAUUCUGGAUUGAAGAGAAGAUUACUAUAUACGCCUACAAACUUUAUCCACCUACUUAUGUACUAACUUGUAUUAACUGCUGUGCCAACCCCAUCAUUUACUUCUUUGUUGGCUCCUUUCGGCAGCGGAAGCAGCAUCAAAGGCAGAACCUCAGGUUGGUUCUAAGGAGGGCUCUGCAGGAUGUUCCUGACGUGGAUGGAAACCAAGGCAGCCCUCCUCAGGAGACCCUGGAGAUGUUGGAAAGCAGGCAUUUGUCCUAA